AUGGACAGGUAUCAGCUUGCCACUUCUCUUUUAGGUUUAUGGGACGAAAAGACAUGGAUGCCAAUAUUUAGAGGUCCCAGAUAUCGUCGUUACCAAUCAAUUGACAAGAUGAUGGAUCUCAUCGAAAUUGCUGGAAAAUCAGCCCCUGUUUUCCCAGUCGAAGCAGUCCUUUUGAAUCCAAUGGACGACGAGUGGGACGACCAGAUGACUUAUAUCAAUAUUAACUACGGCUGGAUAUGGAGUCAUGUUUUUGUGCAUUUAGGAUUACCAUUGAGCGUUUAUAUAUCCCUUCAUAUGAAUAUUUUACAAAAAUAUAAUAAAAAAAAUAAUUUGCCUAUUUAUAUAAUUAUUUUUAUAUCUACAACCACAACUUGAUUCAUUAUAAUGUCCACUAUCGCGCUCUCAAAUGGUUUUUACCUUUAGUUAUGGUCUGGCAAUUCGAAAAAUGCUAUAAAUAUUAUAGAACUCAGCUGACAAAAGGGAUUUUGUUUGAUGAAUAUGUACAAGCAAGGGCUGAUGAGCUGAUAGCGCAAAGAGAGCAUUUACUCCACACUGAGCAAGUAAAAAAAUAUUUAACCUGGCAAAUUGACUAUAAAGAGACAUUAAAUAAAAUCAAGAGAGAGCAAACCAACAACCAUGCGAGUGAUUUCAAGCAGGCAGAACUUGCCUUACAAUCUUUUAUUAAUAGAUGGGUAGAUCCUGCUGUAGGAAUCAAAUAUCCAUUGGCUGGACCUCGCUACCAGUGGGGAGGAUUUUAA